CUUUCUAGACUUGAGGCGUGUGCAUUUGUGAGUGUUUGGCUGAGAGCUUGAAGUUGGGAAACUUAAAGUGAAUCACAUUGUUUUCCUUUUUGCGUAAAUCAUAUGGACAUAUCAACCAUCAGAUGAGCGUGAUCCUGACCUGAGCAUAAGAAAACGGAUUACAAGGUGGUGGGAAGAAAAGUAAAUCAUCAUAACCAUGCUAAAGCAAUUUAGCCUCUUGAAGCAGUUUGGAAAUGUGGGGAAGGCACAAGAUGCAACUGACCUACUCACUGAGGAUCUGGUUUUGGUGGAGCAGCGUGUGGAACCGACCAGAAAAGCGGCACAGAUCAUACAUAAGAAGCUGGUUGGUUGUUUGCAGAGUCAGCAGGGACUGGACUCAGAGAGACGAAUGAAAAAGCUACCCCUUAUGUUGCUCUCUGUCAGCAUGGCUGAGAGCUUUAAAGAUUUUGAUGGUGAAUCCUCUAUUAGGAGAGUUCUAGAAAUGUGCUGCUUCAUCCAAAACAUCCUGGCACAAACAUUAGCAGAGUUUGAGGUGAAGCUGGAAAAGGAUGUUCUGGAGCCUUUAAAUAAACUCAGUGAGGAAGACCUUCCAGAGAUUUUGAAGAACAAGAAGCAGUUUGCGAAACUGACGACAGAUUGGCACAAUGCUCGAAUCAGAUCUCAAGGGAGUACAGGUCCCCAGGCUAAGCAGGAUGGACUGAGGGAGGAAGUAGAAGAAGCCUGGAGAAAACUCGAAUCAAUCAAGGAUCAGUAUUCAGCUGAUCUUUACCAUUUUGGCAGUAAAGAAGAUGAAUAUGCCAAUUUUUUCUUACAUCUCUUAGAGCUCCAAGCUGAAUACCACAAAAACUCCUAUGGACUCUUGGAAAAACAUAUCACAGAGCUCAGGGAAAAUCACAACCAAUCAGAACCCCAGAUGGGUGUCUCAGUAAGGAAAGUGUAUGGCGAGUCUCUGCUCUCCCACCUUGAGAGCUGUGGUCAAGAGAUUGCUGCACCCAUUCAGGAGUGUGUUACCAUGCUUCUAAAGACAGGACUCAGAGAAGAGGGAUUAUUCAGGCUGGCAGCAGCUGCCUCUGUUGUAAAGAAGCUGAAGAGCAGUCUGAAUGCAGGGACAGUAGAUCAGGCUGAGUUCAGCGCUGACCCUCAUGCUGUAGCAGGUGCCCUGAAAUCUUACUUGAGAGAGCUGCCAGAACCUCUCAUGACGUUUGAACUGUAUAACGAAUGGUUAGAGGCAGCAGGAUCAAAAGAAGUAGAUGAGAAAUUGGAGUUGUUACGAGCUGUACUGAAAAAACUCCCACCAGAGAACUACAAUAAUCUACGAUACCUCAUCCAGUUUCUAGCAUGUUUGUCAGAUCACCAGGCGGUUAAUAGGAUGACUCCUAGUAAUAUUGCCAUAGUGCUUGGACCUAACCUGCUGUGGCCUCGUGUUGAAGGAGAGACAUCUCUGCUAGACAUGGCUUCUGCCUCUUCAGUCCAGGUCGUGACAGUGAUAGAACCACUCAUACAAUACUGCAAAAGCCUGUUCCCUGAAGAUGUUGAUUUUGAGAUUCCUGAACUCCCAGCACUGUCUCCAUCUUUACCUCAGAAGUCCCCAUCAGAUACUGUCUUUCCCACAGCUCUAACUGCCUCUGUCUCAAAAAAUGACAGUCCGUCUUCAUCUGAAAACUUUGGUGCAGCAGUAAAUAUUUAUACUAGUCCAAUGAAUCGUGGUGCAACAAUAUGGGAGAAUAGCAGUCCUGCUCCAGCCAGUCAGCCAUCUGCUCAGGCUUCUAGCUCAAAUGCAGUUCCUGGUGAGAAUCAGCCUAAGCCUUUUCCUCAACCACAACCUCGGGCUCAGCUUCAAGCAAAGCCUCCAUCUCAGAUUCAGAAUGCAACUCAGCUGAAAGCAAACAGCUCUCCAGAGGACAGCUUGGAACAGCCCGAGCAUUCAUCCGAGGCCACACUGAAGAUCACCACUCCCUUUAAACCAAGAAGGUCGUUUGUUCAGAACAGGUCAUUUAAUAAAGACUCUGUUGUAAGCUAUAACAAACCCAAAACCCCAGUUGCUCCCAUGAGCGAGGUCGGAGUUUUGCCAAGAAGUUUUCCAUUGGCCAUGCCCGCAAUCUCUGAGGCACAGACGCAGCCUGCAGCCAAACCACAAGCUCCUCCUGCUCCUUCAGCUCCUGUUUCUACGGCUCCUCCUGUUUCUUCAGCUCCUCCUCUUCCUUCAGCUCCUCCACCAGAAGGAGGUCCUCAGAAAAAGGCUGUGAACAAGAGACCCAAAGUGCCCCCUCCACUUCCACCCCCGUCCUUGCCCAAGCCGCUCUCAUCCUCAGCCCAGUGAGGCCAACCUGCCGUCACCUUCACGCUGAUUUACUAUCAUCAGUAGUUUGGAUUAUAAGUUAAUGAUGUGGUGUGUAUAUAUCAUGCUUUCUUUAACUUUCUUUAGCUUAUUAUUUGCACUGUCACAUUCGCUGUAGCUUUGUGAAACCUUACUCUACAGAUUGGCAUUCCCCAUACAGGUUCCUGUAGCUGCAAAUAUAACACAAAGAGAAAUCUCACUUCCUCUGGUUUCUUCUUUGUGUGCUAACAGCAGUGACAUAAACACAGUUACAAUGUCCGCAGCAAGCUAGCGGUUUCAUCUGUAGUGCAGUAGUAAGAAAAUUAUAAUCACACAUGUAAAUAGUGUAGUAAAUUUUGUGUUAUGU